CCCCGACUGUCGAUUUGAGCUCUCUCUCGGUCUCUCCUCUUCCGCUCUCUGCUCAAGUCUCCACCCUCUCCCGCCGUCAACCGUCUCACAGCUCUAAAUUCGGUUCUGCUGUUGGCUUGUUGCCAUUUGAAAUUAAUAGAAAUUGAUGCAUGGCUAAGGUUCUCUCACCUUCAAUGUUCAAUUUUAUGGGCAGAGUUUCCUGAUUAGAAGGAUUUAGGGGAUAUAAUUGGAUAAAUAGGUGAAGUGUUGAGCCUGUGAAAAUGGGAUUGGAGGUUCAGUUGGAGCCUGUUUUCGGCCAGCUCACGGUUGAGGGGGCAGUACUGGGCUCAACUGUGCCGCCGACGCAGUUCUUGUUCCACCUUUAUGCCCCGGAUUCGUUGCACCUUGGAAUACAUGUUACUGAUUUCCAUUCUAAUACAUGGGAGGCUGUGCGAUCGGUUAGUCAGCUGGAGGACAUGCAGGACAGCAUUGGAGUAGGAGGGAGUUGGUCGGAGUUCAUUGACUAUGUUGUAAAUUCCAUAAAAUCAGAAGAUACAAAGCUUGUUUUGGAGGGUCAUUCGGAUUCGGAUGGUGCUCCAAAGGCAAAGUUGGUUGCUCAGAAGUCUAAAGGAAUGCCUAAAAUUUCCAUUUCUCUCACAAAGCUUGUGGGCUUGGCUGCUACUGAGGCCAUUGCAAGUUUUUCACGUCAGCUCUUUAAAGAGUUCAAGAGCAUCAAUGAGUCUUAUGUGGAGGAACGCGAGCGGUCUAUGCAAUUGUCCAAAGUGGUAUCAGCAGAAAAGGAAAGAAAUGAGAGCAUCCAGAGCCAACUUGAGCAGUAUACUAAGAGACAAAAGGUACAAAGGAUUGGUUCUUCAGACAUUAAUGGUGCACUAAACUCUCCAGAAAAACAGGCCACUCGAGAUACAAAAUCAGCAAAAGUUGUCAAUAGGGUUGUGCCUGCAUAUCGCAGGGCAAAAGUACGUGGUGCUGUUCUGCAGGAUAUCGAGGAUGAAACUUAGUAAAACCUUGUCAUUGACUCCUUAUUUUGCUUCUAUUUUGGUACAGAGCUUGUUAUUGACAAUGGUGUGAGGUAGGAUUUUGAGGAGUUUAGGUGUAGAAAUUCUUUGGUAUUUAGCGUACUUGGUAAGGCCUGCUGUUAAAUUGAUAUAUGACUUCAACAUUAUUUUUAAGUUUCAAUUCAGUAAACCUUUAACUCCCUAGGUAUUGACUAUCUUUAUCUGUUGA